AUGGCUGAAGUGCAAAAGCAGCUAGAAAUUAAGCAAUCCGUCGAGAGGAAUUGUGAUGAGCUCAAGCUGAAGAUGAAGGAAGUGCUGGACUUUCAGCGAGAGAUGAAGCAAACGGAGAAGAAGCUCAAAACGGAAAAGGCAGACAAUAAGGAUGUUGAUGUACCAGUGAGGAGUCAAAUGAAACAAGAACCCCAAGAUGAUCCACACACAAUGGCAAAUGGGAUAAAGGAAAAGGGGAAUGGUUGUGUGAAAUUGAAGGACUUUGAGGGGGCUAUAUUUCACUAUACUGCCGCUAUUGAGACCUUCCCUGAUGAUCCAAUCUACUACACAAAUCGUGCUCUGUGCUACUUAAGGCUCGAUCGGCAGAAUAAAUGUAUUGAGGAUUGCAAUAUCGCCAUCUCCCUCGAUAGGCAAUGCGUGAAGGCAUUCUACCGCAGGAUGCAGGCAAAUGAAUCCCUGGGGAAUACUGAAGCAGCCAUUAAGGAUUGCGAGGAUGUCGUUCGAUUGGAACCGUCAACGCUGUCGCAUCGUCGGGAGCUGGAUAGACUGAAGAAUCGACUAAAGAAUGAGAAGAACAUCACGGCCCGGAAUGAGAUUAACAACAAUCGCAAGCGUGAAGAAGCCACAAGAGGUGUCCCCGGGAAACCAUGGAGUCGACUCGAUCGUGAAGCCAGGGAGGUGGAUUUUGUGGAUAAGAAGCCUCAUCUGAGAUCCAAGAAACCGUUAAAAAGGGUUGAUGUUGCGGAAAUUAUUACACUGCCCGAGCCUAUUCCAGAUCACAUUGUGGAUAAGUUAUUCAAUAAUUUCACAGGAGAGUAUGAUGCCACAUCACCCAGCUCUUCCUCUGCUUCCGUCUUUGACUAUGGCAUCCCUUUGCUCUCCCUACCCUUUGCACCGCGUCCCUCAACAAGCCAGGAAGUGGAGGAUGAUGUGUUUGAGCAUUUGGCCAAGUACAAUGAAAAACGUACCCAAGAGGCAGCAGCAGCCCCCAAGCAGGAAGUGGUGUCAAAGCAGGAAGUAGCCCCAAAGCAGGAAGUAGUCCCAAAGCUCCCUCCAAAGACCAAGAAAGUCGAUAUUGUAGCAGAAUCGACGGAAGAAAAAGUGGAGGAACACCAGCGAAUUCCCGAUCUCCCAUCAACGAAUGUUCAGUUCUGCAGUACAUGGAAGGAUCUCACAGAGGUGACACGCUGUGGCUAUUUGGAAGCCAUUGUGGCCGCCAAUAGUUCAGUGAUUAAAACUCUCGGUCCUCUCUUGGAAAAUACCCUCCUUUCGGAACUUCUAUCCACCCUUGGGAGGCAUUUUAUUGCAAAGAAACUUCCCGUUCACAAUGUUCUCGAUGCUCUGGCAACAAAUAGCGAAAUUGGCAUCCUCUCCUGCUUCAUGACAACUGCUGAUCGUAAAGUCUUUGCCCAGCUUAUGCAGUACAUGGGUGAAAUGCAAGUGGAUAACAAUGUUCUCUCAUCCAUUCAGAGGGCAUUCAAGGAGGUCGUCUAAUGCGGGCAGGCAGGCAGAGGGAAUUGAAUCAUCAGCCAGUAUGGGAAAUGUCUCUGGUCUUCUCUUGUAAUAGUGUCUUAAGUGUUAUACAUACCUCUUACCUAUAUUAUUACACAUAGUUUCCUCCUCCAAUGAACUUCCGUUCUUGAAUUUACGAAUAAACCAGGAUUAUAGGAAUUAUGAGAA